UCCCAUAAUAUCAUAACUAAUAGUAAGCCAAGUUUCUGCUUUUCCCAGGAGACAUCAGAAAGAAUGGAAACUCUGCCGCUGUUUGUGUGCAUCUGUGCACUGAGUGCUUGCUUCUCGUUCAGUGAAGGUCAUAAAAGGGAUCACGAACUACGUCACAGAAGGCAUUAUCACCAUUAUCCCGAAAAUCACUCUAAAUUACCACACCAUCCUGGACCGCUAGCUCACCACAAGCCAGUCAACCAAAACCCCCAUAAGUGUCUACACAAACGCUGUAGGCCUAAGCCUCCGCCUUCACCUAUUAAACCCCCACACAUAUUCCCAAAUCCUCACCAUCCACCUCAUUGUCCAGAUAAAAAUAACGGUGUGGCCAACCAUACCAUAUUGGCUACAACGCAAAUUCCACCUACGAGUUCCCCAUCUGCUUCCACCAAAAUUACUACCCUUCCAAAUGUGACUCCUCCUCCUCAAAAUGCUACCACCACAUCUUCAGGAGAAAAUGUUAACCCAAGCUCUUCUGUAACUACAUUAACACCAGAGAAUUCCUCAGCUCCAACAGAGGCCACAACUGCUCCAUCCAUACCUUCUGCAACUACACCAGCUCCACCACCUUCCUCAACUCCACCGGAGACUGCAACUGCCCCACCCACACCUUCUGGAACUACACCAGCUCCACCACCUUCCUCAACUCCACCGGAGACCCCAACUGCCCCAGUUACCACACCUAAUUCUUCCCCAACUACUGUUACACCUGACACAACUACACCCACACACCAAACUACUACUUCAGUCACUGCUCAAACUACUACUUCUAACCAGCCAACUUCAGCUGUCACCCAAAAUAAAAUUUCUCGAUUUCUUUUAUAUCUAAAGAGUCUACUAAACCAAAUGAUUGAUGAUGCAGUGAAGAAAUAGUAUAUUAUAUGUUGUAAAGUGUUCUGUCAUUUUCAAGAUGUGAUUUAUGAGUACAGAACUACCAUCUUUACUUUUAGCACCAAUCCCAAGAUGAAAUUUUAUUACUCUAAUUUAAAGCACUACCACUAACCUUUCAAUCUAAUUAUUCACCACCACAAGACCUAUUAACAAGACAAACUGCCUCUAUCCUACAAGCCAGGUGCAGGUUUGAGAUUCAAAAUCACUCUUUGGGGCCUGCAGAGAUAGCCUACUGAGGGCAGAGAAAUUCCUUAGGUAAAGAGAGAGUAUUGUAUGGAUCAUCAAACAUUUGCUUCUCCCUAAAUGUUGGAAACUACAAGAUCACUACCUUGUACCCCCAUCAAAAUCCCACCUGGACCAUCUAAUCCUAUAAACAUAAAGGGAUAAAGUUGGAUCUCUCCAGAUGAACAAAGACAUCUAAAUAUGUAGAUAGAAACAUUUAUCUAUCUAAAUCUAUUGGUAGACCUGUCAUUGUAUUGUUGAUUAAUAACAAACCCUUUAGAUAAUUAUAUUUAGUUUUAAAUAAAAUUUUAUUUCACAAAGUGUGAGCCAAGAAAGGGGAAAGUUGAUCUGAAGUGAAGAUUAGAAAUGAAUAACAAAAGCCUGGCAGCCAAGUAUGAACCAAGACUGGCACCAUUUUUCUGAGUGUAUAUAAUUGUUUAAACUGCAAGGUUGACAUUUAUUACAUUGUAUCUAAGUUAACUUAGAUCUGAUGUACUUGAUUCUAGCCUCUGUGAACCAUAAGAAUACAACUUUGUAUGUUCACACGGUGCUCAUAAUAUUUCACUCUCAAUUCAGUUAAUUCACAUAAAUUCCAUGUGAAAUGUAUUCAACAAUGGAAUAUUUUCUAAAACAUUUAAUAUAUAUUUGGAUGUAUUUUAAAACAUACCAAACUACUGCUUUAAUGCCAAGUUUGCAGAAUUGUCUCUGAAUAUAAAAAGCCCUGACUUUAGUUGUAAAAGAAUAAAAGUUAGCUACUUGGUAUAUGGAGAUGUUCAUUUGGGAUGUGGAGGCAAUUUUAUCUUCUGUCACUACUACUUAAAACUCUGAUGAUUAUGUUUAAUUUUUUGCUAACUAAUAAAGAUUUCAAAUGGCAAUUUA